AUGUCAGGGAUUUCUGUGUUUUUCUUGCUCUCCUGCUAGUUUUCGAUGGCUGAUUCUCUCCUCAACCACUCCUGGCCGUCCUUCUCCAAGUUCUGGAUGAAACGAUGGUCUUUUAAAAGAGAAAGUAAACCAUGCACACAACCAAGUGCUUCAGUCUCAGAGAUGAGAUCUUCCUCCUCACCUUCACCUGACUUCUUCAGCAGCACACCUGAAGAGCAGAGUUCCUGUUUAGUUGAGAGCGAUUACGAGUAUGGGACAGAUGACUUAUUGGCCCUGAGCUCUUCUCUGAGUGACUCUGAGUAUUUCAGAGACCUGCAGGGCAGACCUGGUGGGGAGUGUGAGAUUUCUGAAAGCCCUCCAUCUGUAUUUAUUGACCCAGGGGACAAAACACAGCUCAGUCCUGGACUGUUCUUCCACCCAUCAGCCAUGCUGCACUGUGGAUCGUAUACAGAAAAUUUCUCCCCAUCCCACAGUAGGACCAGCCUGCUGUCUGAUCAGGGAGAGACAAUGGAAUCAGCAGAGAGUGUGGACGACUUGGACAGGAACAGUUUCCCCAUACUGGUCAGGUCUAUGUCCACCUCGCGGAGACACAGCUCAGACAUCCCACUGAAUCCGCUUGGCCUGGGGAGAAGAUUGAGUCUGGACACCAGGAGUAUAGACAGUGACGGGGAGGGAGAUGAUCAGAGCCAGUCCCAGAGCUCGAUGGAGGAGUUCGCUACCUCCAGAGAAACAGAGUUCACCAAAUCCUCACCGUCCACCCCAGAGAGGAUGGUGUAUUCCCGAUCUGAGAUUGUGUCAUCAAAUGCAAAGUCUCGAGCUGAGAAGGUCUCACGCAUUCUGGAAACUUCUAAACAGGCAGCUCGAGCUCCUGGAGAGGAACAUGACUCCGAUGAGAAUUUGCGCUCAGCAGAAGGCCAAUGGCACAUGGCCAAUCGCAGACCCUCAACUGCUGACAGGAAAGAAAAUGUCACCUGGUAUGAAUUUCUCUCCAUCGAGAAUGAGGAAGAGGAGAGAGUGGAGAGGGCAGAGAAGGGCACAAAGGUGAAGCGCACUCUGAGCUCGUUGAGGAACCGAAUGACCGGAUCCUUCAACAAAGAUAAGGGUAAGAACCGUGAAAAAGAGCAGCAGAAAGAGAGAGAAAGAGAGAGGGAAAAGGAGAAAGGGAAGGAAAAAGAGAGGGAAAGGGAGCUGAAGGAGAGCACUUAUGCAGUUAUCAGCAGCUGUAAUGGCCACCAGCUUGUGCGUGGCUCUUUCUCGAGCCGAGCCACAUGCUCACUGUGCAGCAAGACCCUGCAGAGGAAGCAUGGUCUGCAGUGUGUCAAUUGUGCUGUUAACGUUCACAAAAGCUGUAAGAAUCUUCUGCCCGAGUGUAGCAACAGUAAGAACAAGAGUAAAGAUUUUGCCCAGAAGGUCCAAGCAGCUGCUCAGCCCUGUAGUCAAGCCUUGAGGGAGCCGUACCUCACCUCCAAUGGCACCAUCCGUCCAGCUACAGGCAUGACUGUCCUGCCCCGAGGAGCCAGCGGGCAGCAAAACACUCUCAGCACCAACCACACGCUCAGCCUUAACAGCAGCUCCAGCUCUAUUACAGGGGAGAUGGAUGAAGUAGACGCAUUGAGAAUUAAACGCCACUCGGAGGACGCCAUCUCCAUCACUCCUUCUACGGCUGAGUCCGUCAUCGUGGAAGAUGCAUACUACAACAACGUGAGAGCGGAGCUGGACUCGAUGGCUCAGGACUUUGAGGCGGAGUCGUGGAGUUUGGCCGUGGAUCAGCAUUUCUUAAAGAAACAUUCCAAAGAAGUGAUUAAGAGACAAGAUGUGAUAUAUGAGCUGAUCCAGACAGAGAUGCACCACAUGCGCACGCUGAAGAUCAUGCUGCUUGUGUACGUGCAUGAGCUGCGUGAGACUCUGCAGCUGGAUGAGCGCAGCCUGGACUGUUUAUUCCCGCAGUUGGAAAGCCUGCUGGAACUACACCGCCACUUCCUGUCCCGCCUCCGAGAGCGACGCCAGGAGACACUGGAGCCAGGGAGCGAACGCAACUAUGUCAUCCACAGUGUGGCAGAUAUCCUCAGUGACCAGUUUUCAGGUGAGCUCGGAGAGAAGAUGAAGGAAAACUACGGCGCGUUCUGCAGUCAUCACACUGAAGCGGUCAACUACUACAAAGAGCAGCUGCAGAGCAACAAGAAAUUUCAGAACCAUAUAAGGAAAAUAAAUAACCUGUCCAUUGUGCGAAGGCUUGGCAUACCAGAAUGCAUCCUGCUCGUCACACAGCGCAUCACGAAAUAUCCUGUUCUCGUGGAGCGCAUGUUGCAGUACGCAGAAGCUGACUCUGAGGAACACAAGGAGCUGGCACAAGCUCUGGGUCUGAUCCGAGGUGUCAUCAUGCAGGUGGACGCUCAGGUGAAUCUGUAUGAGAAGAAGACGCGCCUCCGAGAGAUUGCCGCCAAGAUGGAGCUUAAAGCAAUUGGCAAGAUCAAAGAUGGCCACAUCUUCAGGAGGGAGGACAUGACGCAAGGCAAACGGCAGUUGCUGCAUGAGGGCAUGGUCAACUGGAAGGCCGCCUCCGGCAGGCUCAAGGAUAUCCUAGCUGUGCUGCUCACAGACGUUCUGCUCUUGCUCCAAGAGAAGGAUCAGAGAUAUGGCUUCUCUGCUGUGGAUGGGAAACCGUCCGUGAUCUCCCUGCAGAAGCUGAUCGUCCGAGAGGUGGCACAUGAGGAAAAGGCCAUGUUCCUCAUCUGUGCCUCAUCCAAUGAGCCUGAGAUGUAUGAGAUCCACACGUCCUCUAAAGAGGAACGCAACACCUGGAUCACACACAUCCGCCAGGCCGUCGACAGCUGUCCUCAGACAGAGGAGAGGCUUGAUACCGUAGAGGAUGGAGCAAAACUUCAACGCUUCAGAGAAAUUCAAGAUCAUCUGACUGUGAAGGAUGCUCAGAUCAGGCAGGCUCUCACGGACAAGCUGCAGUUGUAUGCUGAACUUGCAGAGUGUGUGGGUGUUUUGGAGGAGACAGGGCCUCAGCAUCAACUUCUGCUGCGGGGAGAUGCCUCAGAACUCCAGCAGGGGGAGCAACUGCUCAAGGGAGCCAUAAUAGAGGUGGAGAACUUGCAGAACAUUCUGGUGUCCAUUGCAAGAGACUUUCCACAAUCUGAGGAGAAUCAAAGUUGUAACUCACUACCCAGGAGAGCAGGAACGUUUGGGGGCUACGACAGCACCAUCAGUCUACUACAGAAGUAUGGCAGCAUGAAAAAACACUCAACUGGAGCAGGAAAAUCCAGAGAGAGGAGUCAGAGAGCCAGUUCAGACCCUCAGCUUAAAGAAAUGUGUGCCAGUCAAGGACUGCAAGAAGCUGAUAAAAUUUCUUUAUCCAGCUCGAAUAUGAUCUGCUCCCGAGUUCCAAACACAGAGUUCUCUGGUCGGGUUCUCCUGCUUUCCCAGAAGCUCUACAGUCUACAGGCAAUUGUCUCUCAGCAGGACAGCAUGAUCGAGCUGCAGCGGGCAUCUCUAUUCUCUGCAGAGCGCCAGCGGGGCACGGAUGUGCUCCUCGAGCAGGAGAAACAGAGGAACCUGGAGAAGCACCGUGAGGAGAUGGCUCAUUUCCAGCGUGUCCAGGCACAGCAGCAGCAGGAGCAAGAGCGCUGGGAGCGCGAGCGAGUGAGGCAGCAGAAACAGAACGAGGCUGAGCAGCUCCGGCUGCAGGAGCGAGAAGAUGCGUGCAGGAAGCUGGAGGAGAGUCUCGCACAGGAGAGACAGGAGCUGCAGAGCCAGAGGCAGAAAUACCAGCAGGACCUGGAGAGGUUGCGAGAAUCUACGCGGGCUGUGGAGAAGGAGCGAGAGAAGCUCGAGCAGCAAAGGAAAAUGAAGAAACGCAAUACAGCACCAAUCACAGCAACGAUGUAUGGCCAUGACUCUGUGCAGCUCCCCAUGUCCUCCAGUUUUAAUGGUGACAUCCUCGGAAACUCAGGAAUGGAUUCGAUCCUCCAGUCCCGCUCUCAGCUCCGUUCCACCGUCUCGCUAUCUACUGCUGAUUACUCGGAGAGGAUAGACGUGCAGCCGCGCCGGGAGAGUGGCAGCACCGUGCCCACCAAAACAGAGGUACCCAUCCACCUGGUCAGCACCACCAACCAGCUGCACAAACAGGGUGGAGUCCAACAGCAGAUCCCCACCAAGCUGGCCACACUGAAGAGCAAGGACAAGAGCAGCAAAAGCAAAGGCUCCCAUCGCACCGAGAGCUCAGCUUCAGUCGACAUGAAGCAGAUGCUCUCUCUGAGACCGUCAUCCCGAGAAACUGAGAGUUCUGUAAAGUCUCGUCGCUCUGUCAGUCCUCAUCAGCAGCCUCAACCUGCUCCGCAUCCGAUUGCAGAUCCCCCCAUCAUUGGAGAUAAAUACACCCCUGAGGCUUUGAAAGCACAGAACCAGAGCAUCCUGCAGUCCUACCCUCUCCCUGAUGACAAAGACAAGGAGGACGUCAUCUUUUUCUGAGCGUCUCGGUGCAUGCUGGGAUAUGCCACACAGAGCUUCACAAGAGCAGCAAGAGUUUCUACCUUUUUAGUUCCCUGGAGGAAAAAAAAAUCUUACACUUUAAGGUUCUCUUUUUAAUUAUUGCCAAUAGUGUUUUCUUGCUUUUUAAUGGAGUAAUCGGAUAAAAGAAGAGAAUUGAAGUUUUUAGGGGUAGAAAUUAAAUCUCAGAGGAAUGGCUGGGACGAGCUAAAGCCCAGCAGAUGCAUGAGGUGACUGAAAUGAAAUGAAAUGAAGGACGUGACAUGAAAUGAAGGAUGUGCAUGACCAGGGAUGAACUGUGUGUGCACUUGACUCUAAAACUUAUUUCUCGAAAAAAUUUCACAGAAGGACUUUAGGUGUGUUGUAGAUCAUAACCGAAAGGAGGAAAAAAAGAAAAAGCACAUGUUCAGAUGAGUGAGUGCUGUUUUGUUUAUGAAGGAGGCUGUUUAUCACCUCAUUUCACUGUUGGGCCAAGAAUGAAUGGAUCUCUUUGGAUUGAUUUUAGCCUGCACAGCAUAAAGCACUCGUCCUGUUAGAUUUAUAUAAAUCAGUGAAAUCCAAGAAGUUGUCUUAAAACCUGUUAUGUUAAUAUCCUUAAGAUUUUUCUUAAAAUCUUCCUACUAUCAAAAUAGAUUUAUUAGUAAUAAUUAGGGUUGCAUCAAGCAAAUCGGGCUGGAAAAAAAAAAUCCUUAAAUCCUGGGUGGAUUUUUUUUUUUUUUUUUUUUAAAGAGCCAAUCCACUGUUAUUGUUGCACUGUGAGUGGGGGGGGAAAUGUCCUAAACCCAGCUGAUAUCACACUUGUGUAUAUAACUGCAGAAAAUAUUUUGGUUUCUAAGAGAAUCAAGACUCUGAUAUUGAAAAUCAGCGUUAUUGAUGAUAUUUAUUUGUUAAAAUGCACCAAUACUGAUACUAGCUGAAUUGAUAAGAUCAUAUUUGUUAUCUUCCAAUUUAAUCUAUUGAUUAGUUUGAGUGCGUUUUUAUUAUGAGUCCUGUCCCAAACUUAAUGUUCGCAAAAUAGUACGAAUUCAUCCAGACUAACACAAAAUAUCAGCGGAUAAUCAGAGCCCUAAACAUCGACAGUGUGUGUUUGCUGAAGUUAAACUAGCAUUACCUUUUAUAAAGAUGCUCCUUGUUAUGGAUAAAUGGUACUGAAUGGAGUUUAACGUGGCUGUGGGAGCACGAUAUUUACCUUCAGGACGUGUUAAGUUUGUCAGCAUCAUCUGUUUCUCUCACUGCCUAACAGAUCAGUCAGAGGUCAGACGUCUCUGUGCUUUAAUGAUGUAUGCACGGAGAGUGAGCUCAUUAAACAGAACACAUGCUGACGAGUGCAGAUAAAGACUCAAAGCUGAAAAAUACAUGCGCGUCUGUGGGUUUUUUUUUUUUUUUUUAACAUCUACAUUUAAGCUUUUCACAACUUUCUUCUUUCAUUGAUAUUUUCUUUUCCAGCUACUGUUGGCUCAAACAGGAAACUCAAGUUCACUAAGCUUUUUUUUUUUAAUAUAUAAAUGUAUUUAUUUUAAUUUGUGACACGCAGCAUCAUGACUCUAGUCAGAUUAGCUUGAAUAGACAGACAUGCUGUUAAAUUGAAAAUACAAUAUGAACAUCCAUAUAAUAUGGACACCAAUAUUUUUCCCCCUUUUUUUUUUCUAAUUGCUUACACCAAGGCCAUGAAGUAGAGCAGUGUUUUAAUCGAUUGAACUGAGCACUUAAAAUAUGUGAAAAACUGGCCAUAAAUCAGCAACACUUCAAAACAUGAACAAUUACAGGUACACUGUUGCAAGUAAUUUAAAAAAAGGCACCUUUUAUCCAAUCAGGAGUGAGUAUUUUGUGGUCAGUAACUUUACCAUUAUACUGUUCUUGCUACACCAUCUUGGCGUCUGUAACAUUUCCGUGCUCGAGAAGUCAUCAAUAUCCCUGCGUUCUGAAUGUAGUUUAAUUGCAACAUAUAAAUACAUUUUGUUGUUGAACAGCAUAUUAGUGAAACAUAAAUGGUUGUCAUGGUUACAUUCCAACGUGAUUGCAGAAUAUCAGAAGCACCGGAUUCAAACUGAACCAUGUUUACUAAAUUUACAACCAAAAAAAAAAAGAGCAACUGUUAGUCAAUUGGAACAGUGUGUGUUUGUGGUCAUGGUGUAAGAUAAUUUCAUGUGUUUUGAUUACGUUUAUGGCUUCUUUUUUGGGGGGGGGCACAUACUUCAUCAUACACAUCUCAGAUGCAGGUGAUCCUUGCAGGGCACAAAAUUCGAACAAUUCGACUCGUGCUAAUGAAAUUCCCGGCGAUCAGAGCACACACUCUGGAAGGAGUUUUGUAUAUUUGCUGUUUGAUCUAUUGUAGAGUGUGCGGUCUCUGUGUACGAGCCUGAGCUUUUACUGUGUAAAUACUGUACAUACGAUGUCAAUUUCAUGCUACAAUGUCUUAUGUAUUUUAGCACACAUUUUUGGAGUAAGGGAAUGUGGUCUUUAGUCGAAAAAAAGAUAAAUGCUGUAAUUUUUCCGAGCCUGUCAAUCAUUUUACUUUCUCCUGUGUGACGUUUGACGGAUUGGUUUUAAUCAGAAGUGAAGCCUUAUUCUAAGCUCGUCCCUUUGUGAAGAACCAAAGAUUCACUCCAAGACUGUAACAGCACCAUGUCUGUAUCAUUUCCUCUCAACUGUAACACCCCCCCCCCAGUUCAGUUCUGUUCACACUGUGCUUUAUUGGCAUGACUGUUUUUACCAAUGUUGCCAAAGCAAAUUAAUGUAAGUUAUAUACAAUCAAUCACAACAAAUAAUCUCUCUUCACACUGUGGCAAAGUCUUAACGGGAUCCUCCUUUACUGAGCUGUGAUGUUUCAUUUCAUUCCGAGAUGAAGUGGUUUAUUCAGCCGUGUCUUCUCCUGUCUCUGUGCUGUGGUAAAGCACCUCUUCCUGUCGUUUAUAACAAAAGGAAAACAAAAUUGUUAAUUGCCAGUUACACUAGUCACUUUUAGUAGGGAACUGGAGGAGUGUGAAAUGUGAUGUUUUGUGUGCUUGUGGUUUUUCCAGAUGUUUUAAUGACGUUUGUAGUACACAGGACCACUGUGAUUAUUUUCUACUUUAUAUUUUACUCACAAAAAAAAUCUAGCUGUAAGACACAAAAGAACAAGGUAGAGACGUUUCCAUUUUAGUAAUAAAACAUCUGAUGGUA